AAAAUAUUUUCCCAUUCUUGACUCAACCCAGAAAAGCUGUUAAAAAUCAUUUAAAUUCUUUAUUUCUCUAAAAAGUGAAAACUAAAAUUUUAAUGCAGAGAAAUAAAGGCAAAAUAAAAUGGCUUCUCUACAGAUUUUGAACCCUGUUUUCUCUUCCAUUUCCAUUUCCCAGUCAAAUUUUCCAGGAAAAUUUGAUUUCAGGAGGAAACUUCUCAACUUUAAUAGAUGUAGAAGCUUCAGGUCUUUGGACAGCAAAAGAUCUAGAAUUUAUUGUGCCACUCAAGAAGGUGACAACAACAGCAAUGUACGUGAAGAGCCUCCUGAGUCACUGUUUGUGAAGGAGUUGAAGAGAAGGGGGAUGACACCCGCUUCAUUGCUCGAGGAUGCCAAAAAAAUCAAUCAUGGAUUGGAUGAGGAGAUGAAAGUACGGGAAGAAGCGGGAAGUUUCUCCAAAAGGAAUGCCGUCUCAACUGAAUUUGAGAAAAGCUUAUCUAAUCAAAGGGAGCGUUCCAUGGAAUUGAAUAGUGAAGGCCUUGAGGGGCUAGUUCCGCGGGGUAAACUGUUGUUAACAAUUGGAGGAACUUUCUUCCUCGGCUUUUGGCCUUUGAUCCUUUCAACAAUAGCAUUCUUUUCUGCUCUCUACCUUUAUUUUGGACCAUCUUUCGUUCAUGACGCGAGUAAGGCUGCCAUUUCACCACCGCCAUACAUCGACCCUUAUGCGCUUUUGGACGAUGAAAGGAUUUCUGAAACAGCCCCUCGUCUAAAUUGAAGGACAGCAAGUGUUCUAAAUACAAGAAAAUUCUUAGGACUUAAAUUACAGGUUUAUGUAGCAUAUUUCCUUCACCUCCUGUAAUUUUUUUUUUUUUUUUGGUAUAUCCUAUAUCAGCAGGAACUUGUCGCUCCCGUUGAAGGCUCAAUGUCUUUCAUACUGUUUUACAGAUUCCUUGCCAAAUUGGCUUCAAAUAUAGAUUUUUAUUGUGGGAAACUUUGAGGGAAGGA